CUCAUGAGGAAAUUUUACUCUAGGGAAAGUUGUUCAGUGGGGAUCUUGGCGCACGGGGAAAGAUGUCAAGCUCUUCCUGGCUCCUUCUCAGCCUUGUUGCUGUAACUGCUGCUCAGUCCACCACUGAGGAAAUGGCCAAGACAUUUUUAGACAAGUUUAACCAGGAAGCUGAAGAUUUGUCUUAUCAAAGUUCACUUGCUUCUUGGAAUUAUAACACCAAUAUUACUGAGGAGAAUGCCCAAAAGAUGAAUGAGGCUGCAGCCAAAUGGUCUGCCUUUUAUGAAGAGCAAUCAAAGGUUGCCAAAACUUACCCACUGCAAGAAAUUCAGAACCCCACUAUCAAGCGUCAACUGCAGGCGCUUCAGCACAGUGGGUCUUCUGCGCUCUCAGUAGAAAAGAACAAACAGCUGAACACAAUCCUAAACACAAUGAGCACGAUCUACAGUACUGGAAGAGUUUGUAACCCAAGUAAUCCACAGGAGUGCUUAUUGCUUGAACCAGGUUUGGAUGACAUCAUGGCUACUAGUACAGACUACAACAAGAGGCUCUGGGCUUGGGAAGGCUGGAGAGCUGAAGUCGGCAAGCAACUGAGGCCAUUAUAUGAAGAGUAUGUGGUUCUGAAAAAUGAGAUGGCAAGAGCAAACAACUAUGAGGACUAUGGGGAUUAUUGGAGAGGAGAUUAUGAAGCUGAGGGAGUAGAUGGCUAUGAAUAUAACCGCAACCAAUUGAUUGAAGAUGUGGAACGUACCUUCAGAGAGAUUAAACCAUUAUAUGAACAUCUUCAUGCUUAUGUGAGAACGAAGUUGAUGGAUAUCUACCCUUCCUAUAUCAGUGCAACUGGAUGUCUCCCUGCUCAUUUGCUUGGUGACAUGUGGGGUAGAUUUUGGACAAAUCUGUACUCUUUGACAGUUCCCUUUGGACAGAAACCAAAUAUAGAUGUUACCAAUGCAAUGGUGGAACAGGGCUGGGAUGCAGACAGGAUAUUCAAGGAGGCAGAGAAGUUCUUUGUUUCUGUUGGCCUUCCUCCUAUGACUCAAGGAUUCUGGGAAAACUCCAUGCUAACUGAGCCAGGGGAUGGCCGGCAAGUGGUCUGCCAUCCCACAGCUUGGGAACUGGGGAAAAACGACUUCAGAAUCAAGAUGUGUACAAAGGUGACAAUGGACAACUUUCUGACAGCCCACCACGAGAUGGGACACAUCCAGUAUGACAUGGCAUAUGCCACACAACCUUUCCUGCUAAGAAAUGGAGCCAAUGAAGGGUUCCAUGAAGCUGUUGGGGAAAUCAUGUCACUCUCUGCCGCUACACCUAAGCAUCUGAAAUCUAUUGGUCUUCUGCCACCUGGUUUCCGUGAUGAUAAUGAGACAGACAUAAACUUCCUACUGAAACAAGCACUGACAAUUGUUGGAACUCUACCAUUUACUUACAUGUUAGAAAAGUGGAGGUGGAUGGUUUUUAAAGGCGAAAUUCCUAAAAACCAGUGGAUGGCAAAGUGGUGGGAGAUGAAGCGACAGAUAGUUGGCGUGGUGGAACCUCUACCUCGUGAUGAAACAUACUGUGACCCUGCUGCUCUGUUUCACGUUUCUAAUGAUUACUCAUUCAUCCGAUACUACACAAGGACCAUUUACCAAUUCCAGUUUCAAGAGGCCCUUUGCCAGGCAGCUAAACAUGAAGGUCUGCUGUACCAAUGUGACAUCUCAAAUUCUACUGAAGCUGGGCAAAAAUUGCUCAAUAUGCUGCGUCUUGGAAAAUCAGAACCCUGGACCUUAGCAUUGGAAAAUGUAGUAGGAGCAAAAAAUAUGGAUGUAAGACCACUGCUCAAAUACUUCGAACCAUUGUUCAUUUGGUUGAAAGACCAGAACAAGAAUUCUUUUGUGGGGUGGAACACUGACUGGAGUCCAUAUGCUGAUGAAAGCAUCAAAGUGAGGAUAAGCCUAAAAUCAGCUCUUGGAGAAAAAGCAUAUGAAUGGAAUGACAAUGAAAUGUACCUGUUCCAGUCAUCUGUUGCAUAUGCCAUGAGAGAGUAUUUUUCAAAAGUCAAAAACCAGAUAAUUCCUUUUGGGGUAGAGGAUGUAAGGGUGAGUGAUCUGAAACCAAGAAUCUCCUUCAAUUUCAUUGUCACUGCACCUAAAAACGUGUCUGACAUCAUUCCUAGAAGUGACGUUGAAGAGGCUAUCAGAAUGUCCCGGGGCCGUAUCAAUGAUGCUUUCCGCUUGGAUGAUAAUACCUUGGAGUUUCUGGGGAUUUACCCAACACUUGGGACCCCUUACCAGCCUCCUGUCACCAUUUGGCUGAUUGUUUUUGGAGUUGUGAUGGGAAUGGUAGUGCUUGGCUUGGUUAUUCUGAUUAUUACUGGGAUCAAAGGUCGAAAGAAGAAAAAUCAAACAAAGAGAGAAGAAAACCCUUAUGCCUCUGUGGACAUCAGUAAAGGAGAAAGUAAUGCAGGAUUCGAAAACAGUGAUGAUGCUCAGACUUCAUUUUAGAAAAAUCUUUUUCCUCCUGAGGUGAUUUUACUGUAUAUAAAUGUUAACUCCAUGGCACAAAAAUAUGAAAUUAUAAAUAUGUUAUUAAAUAUCAAAACUAUGUUUCUUGUUCAGGAAAAGCUGUCCAAAGAAAAUAUGGCUGAGAAGUGGGUAUUUUCACUGACAUUGCUUUCAGUAUUUAUUUAUACUUUAGGACUUCAUACCUCUUCUGUUUAUUAGUGCCUAUAUUUUACUUUAGUAAUAUAAGGAAAGUAUAUCUUUGGCUUCACAUGCUGGGCAGGGAGGAUGAAAAUGGGAACAACUGUUGAGUGACUAGUUGGAAGAAAAAAGGAUGUAUCUUGGGAUCAAGGGUUGGACUAUACAGAAUCUGCAUUCUAACCUUAGUGUACAGAAUGAAGAAUGCCAUGCUUCCUUAAAAAAUUACAUUAACUUAAUUCAAGUAGUAUAGUAAUUUGCCCAAAGUAAUGUUUGUCAUGUACCAUGCUUUCUUUGGGGUGGUAGGUCCAAGACAAAAAAGAGAAGACAGGUGAGAGAUCACACAGAUCAGCAUUUCCUUGACAACACAAAAGCAGCACAGCAAACUUGAUGAGCCCCCAGAGCAUGCUUGAUUUCUACCCACUGUUAAGUGAGCAGAAAUUUCAAUUUAAUAUACACCAUGUGAAGCUGGUACCCAAUCUCUAGAAUCCUGUGUAUACUCUCAGAGGGUCUAAGCAGUAAUGAACAAAAAGCAGACCUCAAUAAAUGCUUCUUAGAUUUAUACA